CGGAGGGAGGCGGGCGGCGGAGCGGGACGGCCCGUGCGGUGCGGCUUGUCGGAACAGAGGGUAGGAAGAAAAUGUUCAAGUGUCAAGCCCUAGGCCCAGUCUACUAAUUUCUAGGUGUAUUGGCAUAAACUGUGACCAUGACUACUGAAGUAGGUGCAGCCUCAGAAGUGAAGAAGGACGCAGACCAGUUAGGAGCAGAGGCAACCAAGGAGAAACCUAAAGAAACAGCAGAAAAUCAGCAGAGCCAGUCCUCUAACGCAGAGGAAGACAGAGGCUCCCAGCCAUCUCCCGCCGCUGACAGCCAAAGCAGUCCUCGCCGCCAGAAGAGAGAGAAGGACCCAUCGGAGAGCAGGGGCAUUUCUCGAUUCAUCCCCCCAUGGCUAAAGAAGCAAAGGUCAUACACCUUAGUAGCGGCCAAAGAUGGAGGGGAUAAAAAAGAGCCAACCCAAGCUGUUGUGGAAGAACAGGUCUUAGAUAAAGAGGAGUCUCUUGCAGAAGGAGAGAGGCAGGCCAAGGGUGACGCUGAACAGGCAGCUCAGACGAAGCAGCAGGAAGCGAAAGUUGAAGUCAAGGAAGAAAAACCUUCUGUGAGCACUGCUGAGAUCCAGCAUCUAUUUCACCCCCCUAAACAGCCUGCAGAAGAAAUAAGUAAGGAGAGAGAAGAGGAAAAGGUAAAGGAAAUUCAGGAAGACCAAACAGAAGAAGCAGCAAAAAGGGAGACAAAGGAAGUGCAGACCAAUGAGCUAAAGUCGGAGAAGACCUCGCAAAAAGCUGCAAAGAAGACCAAAACGGUGCCGUGUAAAGUGAUCCUUCUGGAUGGUACUGAGUACUGCUGUGACCUGGAGAAACGUGCUAAGGGCCAAGUGUUAUUUGACAAAGUAUGUGAACACCUGAAUCUCUUGGAGAAGGACUACUUUGGACUUUUGUUUCAGGAAAAUCCUGAGCAGAAAAACUGGCUAGAUCCUGCAAAAGAAAUAAAAAGACAACUGCGAAAUCUUCCAUGGCUGUUCACUUUCAAUGUGAAGUUUUAUCCUCCGGAUCCAUCUCAACUGACAGAAGAUAUCACCAGGUACUUCCUGUGCCUUCAGCUUCGACAGGACAUUGCCUCUGGCCGCCUGCCCUGUUCUUUUGUGACUCAUGCCCUUUUGGGAUCCUACACGCUGCAGGCUGAACUUGGGGAUUAUGACCCUGAAGAGCAUGGCAGUAUUGACCUUAGUGAUUUCCAGUUUGCUCCCACACAGACUAAGGAGCUGGAAGAGAAGGUGGCUGAGCUGCAUAAAACCCAUAGGGGCUUGUCUCCAGCACAAGCUGAUUCUCAGUUCUUAGAAAAUGCGAAGAGGCUUUCCAUGUAUGGUGUAGACCUGCAUCAUGCCAAGGACUCAGAAGGCGUGGACAUCAAGUUGGGCGUGUGCGCUAACGGACUUCUCAUUUACAAAGACAGACUGAGAAUCAAUCGUUUUGCUUGGCCAAAAAUCUUAAAAAUUUCUUACAAGCGCAGUAACUUCUACAUUAAAGUUAGACCAGCAGAGCUGGAACAGUUUGAGAGCACCAUUGGAUUCAAACUGCCAAACCAUCGGGCAGCAAAAAGGCUAUGGAAAGUGUGUGUGGAACAUCAUACUUUCUACAGGCUUGUGUCUCCAGAACAGCCACCAAAGGCCAAGUUCCUGACUUUGGGGUCUAAAUUUCGCUACAGCGGCCGCACUCAAGCGCAGACCCGCCAGGCCAGCACCCUCAUAGACAGGCCAGCACCACACUUUGAGCGCACCUCGAGUAAACGGGCCUCCAGGAGUCUAGAUGGAGCCGCGCUUGGAGUUAUGGACCAAAGACUUGGAAAAGAGUUUCCUGGCCCCGCUGGGGAGAUCUCACCCUAUGGACCUGGAGUUGUCAGCAUGGCUGUGGUACAAGAUGAGGACAGCAGGAGGGAAAUCAGAAGCCCCAGUAAAGCUUCCCAGCUGCCACUGCUGGAAGGAAAGAAAAAUUCCCUGAGAGUAGAAGGGGAUAAUAUUUAUGUCAGACAUAGCAAUUUAAUGUUGGAGGAGCUGGAUAAGGCCCAGGAGGACAUACUGAAGCAUCAGGCUAGCAUUAGUGAACUCAAACGCAAUUUUAUGGAAUCCACACCUGAGCCGCGCCCCAAUGAAUGGGAAAAACGACGUAUCACACCUCUGUCCCUACAGACACAAGGGAGAAAAGGCGACCAUCUUUUCAAGGAUAUUUUAUCCAUGAAGGAGAAGUACCUGAAGGCGGCCACGCGGAGAGUUGAAGAGCAGUCUCAGGAGGCAGACAAGACACGUGCUCCUGAGUCCGAAGGGCCUUGCCUUGGAGCCAGGGAUGCUGUUAAGAGUUCACAUGAGACUCUGAAUGUAGUGGAGGAGAAGCAGCGGGCAGAGGUUGGGAAAGACGAAAGAGUAAUCACGGAAGAAAUGAAUGGUAACGAGCUAUCACCUGGGAGUGGUCCUGGGGAGAUUCGUAAGGUGGAGCCUGUGGCACAAAAAGACUCCACCUCCCUGUCUUCUGAGAGCAGCAGCCACAGCGAGAGUGAGGAGGAAGAUGUGGGAGAGUACCGACCCCACCACCGUGUGACCGAGGGCACCAUCAGGGAAGAACAGGAGGAGGAUGAAGAAGAGAUGGAGGAAGAAGCCAGCCGAGCAGCCAAGGUAGUAGAGAGGGAGGAAGCAGUGCCAGAAGCCAGCCCAGACAGGCAAGCAGGUGCCAGUGUACCCACAGUAGACACAGUGGCCCAGGAGAAGGUAGUUGCCCAGGAGCUCUCUGGAGAGAAGAGUGUCAACGAAGGCGCUCUUAAGCAAGACGUGAGAGAAGAAACAGAGGAAGAGCAACAUAGAGUUAACGGAGAGGUGUCUCAUGUUGACGUUGAUGUUUUGCCACAGAUUAUUUGUUGUUCUGAGCCACCAGUGGUAAAAACAGAGAUGGUAACAAUUUCUGAUGCCUCACAGAGAACAGAAAUCUCCACCAAGGAAGUCCCCAUUGUCCAAACUGAGACCAAAACCAUCACAUAUGAGUCUCCACAGAUUGAUGGCGGAGCUGGUGGUGAUUCAGGCACGUUGCUGACUGCACAAACCAUCACGUCUGAGUCGGUGUCGACAACAACCACCACACACAUUACCAAGACUGUAAAAGGCGGAAUAUCUGAAACCAGAAUUGAGAAACGCAUUGUGAUCACAGGAGAUGCAGAUAUUGAUCAUGAUCAGGCCCUGGCUCAGGCCAUCAGGGAAGCCAGAGAGCAGCACCCUGACAUGGCCGUGACGAGAGUGGUGGUGCACAAGGAGACAGAGCUGGCAGAGGAAGAAGAGGAGUAAGUCAGGAAGUCAUUUAUUAAACAGCAUUCAUGCUUGUGAAGAAUUUGGACCACUCUGAGUCUUAAUGCCACACCACUAUUCCAGCAAAUAUGUGCUACACCUGGUAACAAUGACCAGCAGCUUGAAGGAUCAAACUGCCAACACCAAACCUUACCUUAACAGCUCUGGUCUAUCCUAUUCCCAUGCAUUUUAAUAUUAUUGUUUUGUUUUAUAACCACUUCUAAAUAUUCUCGGUUCUUUUUUUAAUUGAAGUUUUUGUCUGUUUCCUGUUUACUUUGUGUACAGCUACCUGCUUUUUGUGAUUCAUUUUGAUCCAAUGACAGUGAACAAAGCCAGCCCGAGCUGGUAGGGUGCUGUUCACUUGAACAGGUGCUGUUGUGCGGAAAGGAAACUGACUAACUUAGAUAGCCGUUUUUCUUCUUCCAGGCUUUUUUUUUUUUUUCAUUGAAUGCUUACAGUAAAUAUUUACAGAUUUUUCAGGUUGUAGUAAAUAUACUGUCUGAGAAAAUAUUAAUACAGAAUAAAAACAUUUCUUAGAUCUUGAAAAUUUUCUAAUGUUUGAGAACUUCACUAGGUCUUUUUUUUUUUUUUUUUUGGUAUUGGACUCCUUUGACUUUCCAGUCCUGUGACUUUUUACUUCUAGUGAAAAGUCAGAGAAUCUCCAGACUGGAGAAUAAUACAGACGGUCGCUGACCGUGCGCUGUGUUUAGAAACCCCAUCAUGCCAGGUGCCAGUGCUGCUCAGCUACAUGCUCUUCGACAGCAUUCCAGUACAGGAGGGAGGAGAAAGACAACACUGUUGCCUCCCUUCCACUAAAAGAUUCAGGCAGCUUAAAACCUUAGUGCUUCCUUAACACAUUCCGAAUUACACUUUUCCAUUGGGUAGAGCACUUGCUAUGUAUUAAACCACCUUGUCCACAUGUAAACUGACCUUUUGUUGUUGAACAGGUCUGUCUCUUUCAGAUGGUUUGAUUCGUGUAGGUUUGAGGAUGGUGAUGCUGGGAGAGGGAGAAGAGAGGCUGGGGUGUUUUUUUUUUUCUUGUUGGCGACAGGAAAGCUAUACCAUUUAAGCUGACACCAGAGAUCAGAUAUAGGGACUUAUUAACUGCAUUGAUCAUUUUUCUCCUUUGCUUUGAACCCUAUGUAUAAUUACAAAGCCAGAUUAGAUUUAUAGUAGCUUCAAGUUGUAUUAAAUGGUAUUUUGCCUUCUGUGAUACUGUUAUAAAAUAAAGUUUGUUUAUUCUCCA